CCGUUGCCUCCUUUUCGGACCAUCUACAUCGAUUGUAAAUUGACAACAUGGAUUUGAUCAUCGCAAGGGCCCUUUUGCUUAACUACCUGCAAUAUCCGGUUUUGUUUGGGCUUCUCUACGUCGUGACGCUCGUCGUCUACCGCCUGACUCUGAGCCCGCUGGCUCGCUUCCCUGGGCCUCGUCUGGCAGCAGCUACAGGCUUGUACGAGGCAUACUACCAAGUUGUUAAGGACGGCAUCUUCACCUGGAAGAUCAACAGUCUCCAUGGCCAGUACGGCCCGAUAGUGCGAAUCAAGCCCAACGAGCUCCACAUCCGAGACCCCGACUAUUACGACACGCUGUACUCCGGCCCAGGCACGCACCGCAACAAAGAUGCCGGGUUCAGCUUCAUCGCGUUCCCCAAGUCACUCUUCUCGACCGAGGAGCACGAGCUCCACCGAGACCGAAGACGGGUCUUGGGGCAAUUCUUGAAGAAGAACGCCAUUCAACAGAUCGAGCCGGCGAUACACGCUAACAUCGAGCUCUUGGGACGACACUUCUCGUCCCUGGUGGGCAGCACGAAGUCCCUGGAGCUUCACACGGCGUUCGAGUGCUUCACCGCGGACACCCUCUCGCAAUACUGCUUCGGGAAACAGGAAGGCUUCCAUUACCUCGAGCAGCCGGAGCUAUCGACAACCUGGAAAUUGCGCAUCAACUGGAUGUUCGAGUUCUGUCGAAUGAACCGACAAUUCCCAUUCUUGGUCUUCUUCGCACGCGUUUUGCCGUGGCUGGCGACGAAGGUCUGUCCUCCCUAUGGAUACAUCCUGGGCUUGGAGCAGGACAUCAAAGGCCUCGUCCGCCAGGCGAUCGACCGCCACCAAACCUCCUCCAAGACCAACCGGGGCAGCUCCCUCCCUGGCGCCUCAACAGCCAUCUACCCAACCAUCCUAGCAGACCCGACCGUACCACGCAGCGAGAAAGAGCUGUCGCGUCUCGAAGAUGACGCCAUCUUCCUAAUGAUGGCCGGCACCGACGCCCCGUCCCAAGCCCUAGCGAUCACCAUGUUUCAUAUCCUCAACAACCCGGACGCGCACCAGAAGCUCAAAGCCGAGCUAUUCGCCAGCAUGCCAGAGGCGAGCUCAAUAGCUCCGCUGGAGACUCUAGAACAACUUCCAUUCUUAAGCGCAACAAUAAAAGAAGGCCUCCGCCUCUCCUCAAUCGUAACCACCCGUCUCCCACGCAUCGCACCCCACGAAACCCUUCAGUACAAACAAUGGUCCAUCCCCGCCGGCACCCCAGUAAGCAUGUCCACCUACUUCAUCCUCCGCGACAGCACCAUCUUCCCGGACCCCACGCGCUUCCUCCCGGAGCGCUGGCUCCUCGACCCCGAGACCCUUCAGCGCCAGCAGCGAUACCUCGUACCAGCGUCGAAGGGCACGCUAGGUUGUCUGGGGCAGAAUCUAAACUCGGCCCUCAUGUACCUGGUCCUCGGCACGCUUUUCCGGCGGUAUGACCUUGCGCUUUUCGAGACGACGGAGGAGAAUGUGCGGAUGGUGAAGGAUAAUUUUAUUGGGCAGACGGGGUUGGGGUUGAAUAAUGUGCGGGUGAGGGUUUUGAGCCGGUUUCUUUGAAUCUUUUGGAGGAGGCGGAUGGGUGGCUGUGAAUAUAUCCAUAAGGUGGGUAGGUAGGGUUGGUUUCUGGUUUGCUUGUGAUGGAAGAUGGGGAUAUGUUUCUGAGUUUACCCAUCGCUAUCAUAUGAGGGUAUCUAUUCAGUGGAUGGUCUUUGUCUGAAAGGGAAUUGUGUAGGUGAUUCUUAGCAGUGAGGGAGAGAGGGGAUUUUCGUGGUGGGAAUGGGAUACCGUAACAAGUUGAAUGUCUAAAACAUAUGUAGGCGUUGAAGAGCGCGCAGUUAACUGUCACCACUUCCUUGAUUUUAGCGUCCUCUCAAAU